GAAACAUUCAAUAUGGCCGCUACAAGACUGUAACAAGUAAACACGUAUUAAUAUUUUUUCACAGCCUGAAGGAUCUUCCAUAGUGGUGUGUGCUGUAUGGUGUUAAAGUCAAGUGGGGAGUUCAAAGAUAUAGGUAACUCAUCAACAACUAUAAGAGGUCUAGAUGACCACAACAGUAUGGCCAGUGGAGAGGAUAGUCUAGAUGACCACAACAGUAUGGCCAGUGGAGAGGAUAGUCUAAAUGACCACAACAGUGGAGAGGACAUCUCAACAUAUUUUACAGGUACACAUGAAGUACAAGAAUGUCUUGAAGGUCAAGGUGAGGUAGAUCUACACACACACCUGGCAAACUGUGAGAAAAAUCCUGGCCAUAAAAACUUUGUACCUGUAAAUAAGUUAAGUCUUGAACAUUUUCCUUCUGGUUACCAUGACAACGACCUGUAUGACCUCACAAACGUCCUGGCUGAACUAACUGUCAGGAUAGCCGUUAAGUUGACCAGUCCAGACAGACCAGAGUUUGUACCAGGCACUAAAGAUCCAUAUCCUUGCUACAACACCAGGGGACAGAACUCACUGAGGACAGGGACUGGGAGGGUGAUGGAUGUGACCAAGUACACAGGGGCUACAGGGCAUGGAUUUGGAGGGUGAGGCGGGUGUUCAAGUGCACAGAGAGAAUGAAGUGGCUAACCUACAGAACUUGUCCAUGUCCUGAAUGUGACCACUCGGACACACCCAGCAAAGUGUAGUGGAAGGUUGAUGUGGUGACAGCCAGACAUGUGGUUUUUGAUGAGAGUGAGGCGAGACAGUCCAGCUGUAGGUUGUGGUUUGAUGAUGAUAAAAGUCCAGUGGUCAACAUUUAUGGG